GAAGGUCAAAGUUGAUUUUGCCCAUGUGUGUCGCUGUUGCUGCCUGCAGUGAUAGCUAUCUAGCUUGUAAAGGGUUUCUUGCAUUUUUGUUUCAGAUUGUACAGCUGUCGUAAAUGGAUUAACUGCCAAAGUUGUGCUAUAAGCAAGACGUGUAUUUAACGAUUUUUCGUGGAUCACACGUUGGCUUUACAAGUGUGCAGGGAUCCGGUGGAUGAUGAGUGAAGAAGGGUCAGGAAAUAUGCUGAUCAAGCCACUGAAACGAGUGGAGGAAGGAAAUGGAGAGUCGGGUGAGAAUGGACACAUCAGAAAGAAGCUGAAGUCUGUAGAACCAACUGGCAAUGAGAGGAAACACCCCAAAAGAAAAGUGGUCCUGCUUUUGGCAUAUUCAGGCAAAGGUUACUACGGUAUGCAGAGAAAUGCUGGAUCCUCCCAGUUCAAAACCAUUGAGGAUGAGCUGGUCACAGCACUGAUUAAGUCUGGGUGCAUCCCAGACAACCAUGGAGAUGACAUGAAAAAAAUGUCGUUCCAAAGAUGUGCAAGAACAGACAAGGGUGUUUCUGCAGCAGGUCAAGUGGUCUCUCUAAAACUGUGGAUGAUUGAAGACGUAAUGGAAAAGAUCAACUGCAAUCUUCCACCACAGAUCAGAGUGCUGGGUCUGAAACGAGUGACUGGGGGCUUCAAUUCUAAAAACAGCUGUGAUGCUCGCACAUACUCCUACAUGCUCCCCACUGUGGCCUUCUCCCCAAAGGACUAUUACACCAACAAUUCCGCUGCAUUCCGCCUUGAGCCAGAGACACUGCAGAGAGUAAACCAGCUGUUUGGCAGCUACAAGGGCACCCAUAACUUUCACAACUUCACCUCCCAGAAGGCCGCGCGGGACCCCAGCGCCCGCCGCUACAUCACAGAGAUGUCCUGUGGCGAGCCCUUUGUGCGUGGCGGCGCCGAGUUCGCAGAGAUUACUGUGCGUGGCCAGAGCUUCAUGAUGCAUCAGAUCCGGAAGAUGAUCGGCCUGGUGAUAGCUGUGGUGAAGGGCUAUUCGGGGGACGAAGUGUUAAAGCGAAGCUGGGGUGAGGAGAAAGUGGACGUGCCCAAAGCCCCUGGGCUGGGCCUGGUGCUGGAGAAGGUGCACUUUGACAGGUACAACAAGCGGUUUGGUGGGGACGGCCUCCAUGAGUGCCUGGAGUGGACUGAAGAGGAGCAGGCCAUCUUGGCUUUCAAGGAGGAGCACAUCUACCCCAGCAUUGUGGAGACAGAGUGCAAGGAAGGGUCCAUGGCUAGCUGGAUGGCCACACUGCCCAUACAUGACUUUGAGGCAACUGCAACAGGAGCGCAGGAUAAGGAUAGGGAGCAGUUUCAGGAUGAUGAGGAGGGCAAUAGAUCAGAUUCUGCACUUUGAAGUCUCUGGCAAGUGGAAAGACACCUUUUGCUUUGCUGUAUCUCAAGAAUGAGCUUUUGUUUUGCUAUGGAAAUGCAUUGUCAGUAAUGCCACUGAUUAACUCAAUAAUGAAGACAUUUUAAUAAACAUUUUUGUUAUUUUUAAA